AAAACAGGCCUCUCAUACAAACAUAUGUGGGUUUUAUUCUGGAGGUUUGUCAAGACUGAAGUUGUGCCAUCGAGAUAAUGAAGAUCGCCUCCUUCAACAUGCACAGGUUUGGGCUGACCAAAGUCGCCAAUCCAGAUAUUCUGUCUGCUCUCGUUAAGAUUGUGUCUCGAUACGACAUCAUAGUGAUUCUGGAGGUGGUGGAUGUGAGCGGAGCUUCUGUUGAAAUAUUCUUGGAAGAACUGAACAAAGUGAACACCACCCAUCACUAUGCUCUGCAGCUCAGCACCCGCCUGGGAAGGAACAGAUACAAGGAGCAGUUUUUGUUUCUGUACAGGGACGACGUUGUCGACCUGAUCGACAGUUACCAAUAUGAAGACAACCAGGUGAACGACGUGGAUGCUUUUCUAAGAGAGCCGUACAUUCUCUACUUCAAACCACGCAACACUGUGCUGAAGGACAUAGUGCUGAUCCCCGUCCACGCCUCGCCACUGCACACAGAGAGGGAGCUGGACGAGCUGUACGAUGUCUUCCUGGUGGUCAGAGACAAAUGGAAAACUGAUAACAUAAUGAUCCUGGGGGAUUUCAAAGCAGACGGUGUGUACGUCACCGAUAACAAGAUGAAGGACAUUCGUAUUCGCAGCGACAAGAACUUCCACUGGCUGAUCGGCGAUGACGUGGACACCACAUCAAACACAGCAAACCACUACUCCUACGACCGGAUUGUUGUGUAUGGAGAAGAUAUGCUGUCCGCUCUUGUGCCAAACUCAGCCAAGCCGUUCAACUUCCACAAAGAGUUUGUGAUGACGGAAGAAAAAGCCCUGAGAGUCAGCGACCACUACCCCGUGGAGGUGGAGUUACGUAAAACUCCUCCUUUCUGGACGACAAAGAAUUCCCAGAGGUGUGACUGUGUUGAUUCCCAGCGAGCUUCAGAGAGCCAGCAGGUGGAUGUGGUGCAACUGCAGAAGGAAAAUCUCCUGCUGGAGCGAGAAAAACUUAAACUUCAGAUCUCCCUGUUAAAUCAGUGGCUUGCCAGACUCCAACAGAAAAAAUGACAAGAAGAUCACAAACAGGACCGGCGUUGCCAAGCUGUUUCAAUUUUUUCAUUUCAAUCUCAUUUGUGUCAUUUAGUAAUUAUUUAUAUUGCAAAAAUUAAUGAAUAAUGGUUUUAUACAC